UCAGCGGGGUUAGAGGAGCGUUCAGGUGUCUCGGGUAACCAGCGUCUAUUAUAUUUAACCAUCAGGGGAAAACCGGGUAGUAAGCAGCGCACAAGGAGCCGCGACCAAAACCACGUGAUCAAAUGCGGAAAUUGACCGAUAGAGAAAGUGUAGCGGAGAAAAGAGGGGAGUGGAGGUUCCCGUGUCCGUUUGUGUUUUGAGCUGCUGGUGGUACUAGCUGGACUCCCAGUACCAGACAACACUUCACUGAGGGGACGACGACAGCCCCGGUCAUCCGAACAGUUCGGUGUCCGAGUUUCAUCUGUCGUGAAUAUAGUAAGGGUCAUUCUGAGGUCAGACUGUUGAGAUGACAAGGCUGUGACAGUUGUUUCCAAGUGUGUCUGUGCUGGACCAAUUCCUGUGACAUGGCUGCUGCUAAGAAGAGUUGUGCGAAAGCAGGAGGCGUUCGCUUCUCAGAGGAAACCCCCACUGCUGGAGCCCCAUCACAUGUUCACUUCGACGAAAAGCUGCAUGACUCCAUCGUCAUGGUGACUCCGGAGGAUGACGGCAACUUCAUGGUCAAGGUCGGCUUCCUAAAGACACAGCACCGGUAUGAAAUAAUGUUCACCUUGCCUGAAGUCCCAGCUCUGGGGAAGGAUGUGUGUCCAGCGCCAGUACCCUGUCCACACCUCCGGAUCACUGAUAUCACACCCGCACCAGAGGGAGGGCUGAAGGUGACGUGCGAGUACAUGGCCCAGCAGGAGGGAGUUCUGUGUGAAGAGGUGCUGCUGCUGAGCGAGACCAACGAGGACGUCAGUGUUAAAGUCAAAGUUCACGCCAGAGUCAUGGAUCGUCACCACGGUACGCCCAUGCUGCUGGAGGGAGUUCGCUGUAUCGGCGUGGAGCUGGAGUACGACUCUGAGCAGAGCGACUGGCAAGGAUUUGACUAAAUCUUAAGCUCCUGCUCCCCUUCCACCUGAUGUAUACACACACACACCUGCCAUCGUAGAACCGUACACCUACCAAAUUAAACACACACCUGCCAUUUUUCCUCAUCAGAAAAAGUGUACACACAUGAUUCAGUGGCAAUCAGGUAGUAAAGUGAUUAAUCCCAGCCUUCAGUUUUGGAGUCAGAGGAAAUGCAUCCUGAGAACAUUUACAUACAAAACAAAAAACAUUCCUCUGCUGUGACUUUCACAACAUCGACAGCAUCUGAACGGACACUUCAACUCCUCCAACUCUCCAUUUUUCACCGCCACGUGUUCUGAUGCUAACCUGUGUUUUCCUUCCUGAACCUCUAGAGGGCAGCAGCGUGUUCCCGAUGUGCAAACUGCACAAAACUGUUUCCCACAUGGUUUUAUAGGCGAGGGAGUAAACAAGGGCUCUUUUAUCAAUUAAGUAGCUUGAAACUGACAUUUUGAGGAAUUACAAAUCUGCACAAUUCAGGGGAAAAAGAGUUGAACUGAUUAUCGAUGCUUGUAAUGUCUCUGUUUAACCGUUAGGAGGCACUGCAGACCACCGUAUGUAACGCUCCUCCGACCUGAAGGGUUUUUUGGCGUGCUGCAGUGUGGUCACAUUUAAAGGAAAAAUCCAACUACAGCACUCUUACACUGUUACAUGUCUUCAGUACGUGUGAGGCAUUUCAUGACUUGUAAUUUGCGUUUCUGUUGUGCCUAAGUUCCCCUGAACCUGUCCUGACUGCUCCGUUUGCAGCGGCAAUAAUGGAAAAACUGAGAAUAAUGCCUCAGACCAAAAUUAUAUUGAGAUUUUUUUUUCUGUGAUCAGAAUCAGAAAUACUUUAUUGAUCCCCGAGGGGAAACUCUUUCGUUACAGCUGCUCACUAUCACGUCAAUGCACACAGGAAUCGAAGCACUAAUAGAAUAGAAAUAGAAAUAAUAAAAUAAGUUCGCAAUGAGACAAUUAUUUCUAGUAAAAAUAAGAGAUGUGCAAAUCAACAUAUAAUACGCUACAAUACAACUAAGUUUUAAAUUAAGUACAAAAGUGGAUUUACAGGUUGAUAAGUAUAGUACAGUAUAAUACAAUGUAAUAACAUAAGUAAUAAGUAAUAGUGCAGUAAUGAGUACUGUCAUGUUAAGUGUAGCAGAUUAAUCAAAUUAUUAGACGGUUGAUACUGCACAGCAGUAAUAUAAGUAUGAAUAAAUAUCAAUAAACAGGGAAUAUUAAACUGAAAACAGAGUAUAUUGCUCCGGAGUAUUAAACAGAGAAUAUUGCACAAUAUUUCAAGUACUGCAGUGAUGUUAAUGAUCCAGUGUCCAGUUUAGUGACUUGAUGGAUCUCCCUGUAUGAUUAUAAAACAUUUGUGUCAAAUAGUGCAUCUAGAAAGAAGCGCUUCGUCUUUUAUUAUGAGGAACUGACACCAGAAUCUGAGGAUUAGUGUCUAAGUUUUAGAUCUCUGAAACAUUUUUCUGCUACUAAACGUCGGCAAAUAUUUUGACAUGUUGUUAUAUUUUGCCGCUUUCCACAGAAUUUAAAAAAAACUACAAGAUUUAAUCACAUGCAACACACUGCGCACAGCCAAUGGGUGUUUUUAAGGGUAUUAAAUUGAGCUUAAACAAUUUAUCUGCAGGUAUUCUGACAAUUGAUUAAUGAUUUAAGACAUUUUUCAAACCUAAAUGCCAAAUAUUCUCUGCUUCCAGCUUUGCAAAUGGGAGGAUUUUCUGCAUUUCUCUGUUUUAUGUCUUUGUAAGUUUAAUAUAUUUUGGUUUUGGAUUAAACAAGACAUUUGAAGACGUCACCUUGGGCUCUGGGAACUGGUGACAGACACGAUUUCAGUAUUUUCUGUUGUUGCAUAACCAAGAAAAAUGUUGCUAAUCAAGAAAAUAGUCUUUAGGCGAAUCAACAAUGAAAAUAAUCUUGCAUUAAAGUGUUUCGGCUGGAUUUUUCCUUUAAGCAAACCUGCUGCAGCCGGCCAGCAGAGUUCAGGAAGGAUUUGUUUCUUUUGCUUGAAUUCAUGAAGCCUUCAGAACACACGCACGACACAAGUGCCUUUCAUUGCAACGUCCUGUUUCUCCUUUAACUUGAGCCCGAUGUUGUUUCACCAUCUGCUGUGCAUCCUGUCACAUACUGUACCGACCAGACAAACAUGCGGACCAGUUUGGAGCAGCAGGGAGGUGAAGUGAGAAGUGGGGCUGUACGUGAUCAAGCAAGGGGAAAUAAAAAUCCAGUACAACGGCUGCCUGUUUGUUGUCGUUCCAGUGUUAAAUCCCACUUCUUCCAUCGGCUUGCUUCCCACAGGUGUAUCUGACUCUGUCCCGUCACUCUUUUCACAGUACGAGUGCAGAUCAGAGAGAGCUGACUGGCAUGAUCACUUGUCAAUGAAUUAAAUUGCCUGUCAGCUCUGCUUAAUUUACAUUUGUGCUUAUAGAGCAAGUGCCAUGAUCUGGCUGUACUGUCGUCUCCCUGUCAUACCCCUCUUUACAAAAUCAUGACAUUUCCUCUGUGUGAAUCAACAGUUUUUGUUUGUUUUUGACCUUAUUGAAUACAUCAGCCUUAAAGGAAACAAUUCCGUGUUAAUUUCUCUACAUAGUUGACCACAAGCUGUUGGUGUAGCGCAGAUUAAAUAGAUUUAUUUGAUGUUUGCUUGCAUGUGAUAUAGGUCAAAGUCUGGCGUGUUUCUUCUUAGUGUAAAACUGAAGUACUCAAUAGGUUACUGUUUCAAGAAUGUAGCAGUUUAUUUGUUGAUAUCUGCUCCCUGUGUGUGUGAUUUGUAUUUUUUAAUGUCAAAAAUGAAUAAAAAUGUGUGUAUGUUUGA